AUGGCCUACAGUCUAUCACACUCCUAUUUUGGAGACGCCUUCGUCUCAGAUUUCAACUGGUUCAAUGGAAAUGACCCCUCCCACGGCUUUGUCCGAUACCAAAGCGAACCCGACGCUCUGGGCCAGGGCCUCUACUCGGUCAACCCCAUCUCACAAGCCGUCAUUCUUGGCGUCGACCACACCAACACAUUCGCCGUCGAUGAGGGCCGCCCCAGUGUGCGCCUAGAGAGCAAGCAGGCGUACAACCAUGGCCUGUUCAUCGGUGACUUUGCCCACAUGCCGCCUUCCGUCUGCGGUCUGUGGCCGGCGUUCUGGAUGUACGGGCCCGACUGGCCCAACAGCGGCGAGAUUGACAUCAUCGAGGGCGCCAACCUGGCCACGAGGAACCUCAUGUCGGGACACACCUCGGCAGGCUGCACGUUGCCCCCGGCUGCUGGCCAGGUGCUGGGCCAGCCCACGACCACCGACUGUCUCUCGCCCGGCACCAACAACAAUGCGGGGUGCGGCUACGCCGCCGACCCCCUGAACCAGGCCAGCUACGGCGACGCCUUCAAUGCCGUGGGCGGUGGCGUGUACGCCAUGGAGUGGACCGAGGACGACAUCAAGAUCUGGCACUGGUCGCGACAGAACAUCCCCGCCGACAUCAUCAACAAGCGACCCACGCCCGAGACCUGGGGCCUGCCUUCGGCGCUCUUCGGCGGCGACAGCUGCGACACGGACAAGCACUUCGCGAACAUGAGCAUCGUCCUCCAGACCAACUUCUGCGGCGACUACGCCGGCGCCGAGUGGCAGAACGGCCAGUGUGGCGAUCUCGCGCCGACCUGCGUCGACUACGUGUCCAGCAACCCGCAGGCCUAUGCCAACGCCUACUGGGAGGUCAACUACAUUGACGUCUUUGAGCUCGGCAGCCUCGGUGCCGGCGCCCCCUCGCUCUCCGUGGAGCCCACGACGACGACCACUGUGGCGACGACGUCGACCAUCUUCGUCACCGUCUUCCCCACCGGCCACAACGGCACCGCCGUCACGUCUGCCGUCGUCGCCAAGCUCCCUGUGCCCUCCAGCAUUCCUGCCGGCGUCUUCCCCCCCGGCGUCCAGCCUUCUGCGUCCGCCCCGUCCCGGGCGCCUGCUGCCGGCCCGCAGAGCCCUGCGACCGACCCCAUCGUCCCGGCGCGCGACCCGGCCGCCAUCGGCCCCUUUGCCUUCCUCGGCUGCUUCGCCUCGACCAGCAGCUUCCCCACCUUCCAGCUGAAGCAGACGUCGGCCGCCAUGACGCCCAAGACCUGCGUCGCCCUCUGCGCCGGCAGUCGCUACGCCGCCGUCCACGACGACGCGUGCCUCUGCGCCACGUCGCUCGACGGCGAGACGCGCGCCAUCGCCAACCGCGCCGAGUGCAGCAUUCCCUGCCCCGGCGACGCCAGCUCGUUCUGCGGCGGCACCCGGCCGACGCGCGGCGCCAAGCGCGCGCUCCCCUCCAACUUCCUCGUCAGCCUCUACGGCACCGUCGGCGGACCGAACGAGGUGCCGGCGCCGGCGCCGGCCAUGGGCGAGGGCGGCGUCCACCCCCACGCCAAUGCGAACGCGAAUGUGAAUGCCAACGCAAAUGCGAAUGUGAAUGCCAACGCCAAUGCGAACGCCAACGCAAAGGCAAGCCCCACGACCGCGACCAUGACCACCAUCACCUACGUGACCGUGUGCCCGACGAACCCGGCGCAGCUCAUCACGACGGAGCUCCGCGCCCCGCUCUGCGGCUGUGCCGACGACAAGCCGACCUACAAGACGUUUGUCGAGGUCUGCGACGCCUGCGGCCCCGACGGCCAGAACGAGGUGACGCUCACCAUCCCCGUCACGCGCACGCACGUCGUCUCCGUCACCCACACCCCCGCCAUCGGCACGCCGCCCAUCCAGCUCGCGAGCUCGCCCCUGCCGACGGGCCACGCCCCCUCCGGCCUCUGGUGGCCGGCCCUGCCCGAGGCCACGACGGCCGGCUUUGUGCAGGUCGACGAGGCGCCCAGCCUGAGCCUCGGCGUCGCCAUCGGCGUGCCUGUCGCGGUCGCCCUGUUCCGACUGAUUAUGUAA